AUGCAAAUUGACAAGCCAGAAAAUAAAGAUCCCCGAGUUGAUACAAGCAAAACAAAAGCAAUCCCGGUACCUAUGGAAAUCACUCCUCUUCAUCCAAUCGUAGCACUUGGAGGAAAUACUCAUACUUAUAGACCAGAAGCAAAGAAAAGCGCCUCAACAAAACAAGAUGCAGUUAACAAACAAAUACAAAACAUAGUUAGAGAAACCAAGGGCAAAAUGGUUGAAAUGGAAAUCACUCCCACACAGCCAUCCCCAGAAAAAAUUAAAAACGAUGUUG